GAGGAGGAGUGGACGUGCUCGUCUUUGUGUAAAUGAGGGACCUAACUCUGGUGUUGUGCAGAGGAAGAAGCUGCUGUGUGUUUGUGGAUCCGAUGUUGCAGAGGGAAUACUAAUCGACGCUGGCAGAGAGGAUUUCCUCUCCUCCCUCCGUUCUCACACUAAUACCUCAUCCUGUUUUCCUCCUCCAUCACGCUCUCUCUUCUCUCUACUUGAACGCCGGAGGAGAACCGACUAUUUUUGGCGCCAUUUUUAUCUUUUCUGCGUUUUCUAACAGAAUCGAGCUCCUCGUACGAUUGGAUUUCUCUUUCUAUUUAUUUAUUUAUUUAUUUUUUCUGUGACUUCGAUUUGAUGAAGAGCAGCUGGAGGAUUAACAGACGAUCCUCUUUCCUCUGUGCUUUUUAAAGCCUACAUGAAUGUCUGGAUCUCAGCAGAGGUUCUGCUUUUGAAAUUCUAAUUUCAGCUUUUCUAGGAUCCACGUGGAGCAGAUUCAUCCAGCGAGUAUUUUAAAUUUAUUUUAUUUAAGACGUAAUUUUUUUUUAAUUAUUAUCAUUGUUCACCAAGGGGAAAGCAAACGUAGAAAUCUGGUUCACCUUGGUCCUGAUUGAUCUUAUGAGGUUGUGAAUCUUCUGAUAAGAGCAUCUGUUGAAGACCUGGAGGCGGAACGAUGUUAUGGUCUCCCAGACUCUCGCUGUCCAACUUCCAUGUGAAGCUGACGGCUAAAGGACUUUUCCGAAACCUUCAGCUUCUGCCGGGAUGUAGGAAGAACACGGUGGUCUUCCAUGCAGGUCUGGACCCGUCUUCUCCAUCGUUCCUUCCAUCAUCCAACCAUCUGCCGACUCAUCCUCUCAGCUCCUCCAUCUUUCUGUCUCAGACUGUCAGUGGACAAAAACAAGCCCCGGGAGGCGCCAACGAAGCCCAGCAGCACCAGCCCCCAGAUCACCACAGGAAACCAGCAGAACCCACAGCUGCCCCCACCAGAACCGGUACGUCCAGUUCCUGUCUUUUAAAACUCACUCAUCAGUGUAACGGAACCAUUCUGCUGACCCGAUCUGAAACCUGUGUUUUCUGUUCUUCUCCUCAGGUAUCAGAUGUACUAAAUGCUAACACUCCAACAUCACCAGCUCUCCCAGUACCGGCCCUCGAUGGUUCUAACACUACACCUGGACCUGCUGGACCCGCCGGUCCAGGGCUCAAAGCCAGAACCGGGUCACGUUCCAGUCCCAAACACGGAGGCCGGCCUCAGCAUGCAUCCCGACCUGGUGUGGGUGGAACCGCAGCGCCUGUCACAACUAAACAGAACCAGAACAAGGAGCAGGUGGAGAGGAAGAACCAGGCCCUGGUCCAGCUGAGGAGGCUGCUGGUUCAGGGGAACCGGAAAGUGGAGGCGCUGGCUGCUGUCAUCCAGCACCUGUUCUCUGAGAGAGAGGAAACCUUAAAGCAAAAGAAGGAGCUGUCGUCGGAGCUGUCCAAGCUCAGAGAGGAGCUGGUUUCAUCAUCGCAAUGCUGCCAGAGUCUGCAGGCCGAGAAGGAGGAGGUGCGGACAAACUUGGAGGCAGCCUUGAAAAGGUUGGAGGAGCAGCAUGAGGAGGAGCUGGUUCAGCUGGAGAACAGGCUGAAAUGCUUCUACCAAGCAGAGUGGGAUAAAGUUCACCAGCUGUACCAGCAGGAGGCCGAUAAAUGCCGCCUGUUGAUGGAGCAGCAGGUGGAGGAGCUGAGGAGCCAACAGGAAGCAGAAAGGAAGAGGCAAGAAGAGAGCCACAGCCAGAAGAUGGAGGCGAUCAAACAGGAGUAUGAGACCUCCAUACAGGAAAUGAAGAGGAUCCAGCAGACUGAACUGGAGGAUCUGCAGAAAACGCUGAAGGAAACCCAAACUUCUCUCACUGAGAAGGUCUCUGCGCUGUCGGCCGAAAACGAGGAUCUGAUUGAGAAACUGCGAGCAGAAGAAGAGAGGAGGCAGAGGAUACUGAGCGACAAAAACGUGAAGGAUUCACACACCCUGUACCUGGAGCAGGAGCUGGAGAGCCUCAAGGUGGUGCUGGAGAUCAAGACCAACCAGCUGCACCAGAAGGAGAAGAAGCUGAUGGAGAUGGACAAACUGGUGGAGACGAAUGUGAGGCUGGAGGAGGUUCUGAAGAAGGUGCAGCAGGAGAACGAGGACUACAAGGCCAGGAUGGACAAACAUGCGGCUCUGUCAAAGCAGCUGUCCACGGAGCAGGCCAUCCUCCAGCAGACCCUGCAGAAGGAGUCCAAGGUCAACAAGCGUCUGUCCAUGGAGAACGAGGAGCUGCUGUGGAAGCUGCACAACAGCGACCUGCUGGGAAGCCCCCGCCGCCUCUCGCCCACCUCCCCCUACAGCUCGCCCCGAAACUCCGCCUCCUUCCCCACAGCUGCACCGUUAUCUCCCAGAUAGCCCCACUGCCCCCACCCCACCCAAGGUGCUUUACAUCACUAUGAACGUUCUGGAAGGACAACUUAGAGGCGAGCGCAGCUCGGUCUGAGCGUGGGACCGACCUCGCUCUGUCCGUUUCAAUCAAACGUCUGAAACUCUGCGACACGCGUCAGGCGCUCCUCAGGGUCUGUAAAUAUCGCCACUGACUAUCCUUCAGGAGCUCCCUGCUCUUCUUGCCCCCCCUCCCUCUGUCGGGAGAAGGGGGGAAGAUAAGGGAACGUGAGGAGGGGGGGAGGGGGUUCCCCUGGAUUAUUAUUAUUUUUUUAAGGAUCUCAUUUGUUCUCCCAAAGAGCGAAGCUCAAUCAGUCGGACCUGCAGAGGAGGAAGCUGAUGUGAACACAGACUGAGUGGAACCCGCUGUCCCUCUGGAAGCUCCUCCACCUUUAAACGCUUUGUGGAAUGUAAAAAUCCUCAGAUGGUACCUCUCCCUGUCAGAGCCAAAUAUGCAGCUUAUUUAACAUGAAAUGUUUGACUCCCACCACCGCCACCUGCACCACCCAGUGCCCAAAUGAACUGGAAAAAUUAUUUAUCUGUUUUUGUCCCUUUCUAUGGAGAGAAAUCUGUUCCAGUAUUACUGCAAGCAAAGAACAUGUUUAAAAAAAAAUAAUAUUCUCAUUCAAAAUAAGGUUUUGACAGAAUUUAUGU